AUGUCUGCAUCUUUAACAACCAUUGUGGAAGGACGUGGCCUUGCAAGAGGUGAGAUAGGCAUCGCCAGCAUUGACCUAAAGCAUCCAAUACUGAUGCUGUCUCAGUUCUCUGACAGUCAGACUUAUGUCAAGGUUACAACAAAACUACAGAUUCUACAACCUCUGGAGAUUUUGAUGCCCAACACCGCCUGUGAGAAUGGCAACAUGACAAAACUCUUCAAGAUGGUCAACGAACAGUUCACCCACUCCAACGUUGCCACGGUCCAGCGCAAAUAUUUCAAUGAAACAAAAGGACUGCAGUAUAUCAAGCAGUUGUGUCUGCCAGAGUAUAACACGGUACAGAUGGAGGUAGCGUCAAAGUACUACUGCCUCGCUACAGCUGCUGCUCUCCUCAAGUACGUCGAGUUCAUCCAGAAUAUCGUCUUCGCACCAGCAUCACUCCGCAUCAUCUUCCGCGGCAGUGAAAAGACCACCAUGAUUGAUGCAACAACGGCAAAGAAUUUAGAAUUAUUGCAAAACUUACGCGACCCUAAAAGUCCGCAUUCUCUGUUUGGAGUUUUGAAUUUUACAAAGACUGUUGGCGGAGCGAGGAUGCUGAGGUCGAAUAUCUUACAACCUCCAUGUGACCCCGAGACCAUCACAAUGAGAUUGGACACCGUCACAGAGCUGACUGAGAAUGAGGAGUUAUUCUACAACCUUCAGAGUGUCUUGGCGAGGUUCCUUGACAUCGACCACCUCCUGGCACUGUGUAUCCAGAUUCCCAAGAAUGAGACGGUCAGGUCGGCCGAGAGUAAGAUAACCAAUGUGAUUUAUCUGAAGCACACCUUGGAGUUGAUCGACCCGCUGGCAGCUGCUCUCAGAGACACAGAGAACCCACUUUUGAAGGCGUACUACCAGAGCUUGGUUGAUCCUCGUCACAGCAUCAUCAUGCAGAAGAUCCAGUCGGUCAUUCAUGAUGACACAAGGUACCAAAAGGGGGCGCUUAACAUGAAGACACAGAAAUGUUUUGCUGUCAAGACCAACAUCAAUGGGUUACUGGACGUCGCCAGGAGGACAUACACAGAGAUAGUCGACGACAUCACAGAGAUGGUGCAGCAGCUAGGUAUUGAUCAUAACCUCCCCCUAAAGGUGGCGUACAACUCAACUCGUGGCUUCUUCAUCCAGAUGUUCAUCGGCGGAAAACAAGCUGUCAGUUGUGAAGACCUGCCGGGAAUAUUCAUCAAAGUCACCAAGUUCAAGAAUACCUUCAGUUUCACCACACAGGAUCUGAUCAAACUCAAUGACAGAGUGAAGGAGUCUCUCCAGGAGAUCUAUCUAAUGACAAACAUAGUUAUCACCGAGCUGCUGAAUGACAUCCGUGACCAGAUCGGAUGCCUGUACAAGCUGACAGAAUGUGUUGCCACGCUAGAUAUGCUCCUCUCCUUUGCACAUGCCUGCACACUCUCAGAUUAUGUUCGUCCUGAGUUCACAGAUACCCUGGCCAUCAAACAAGGAUGCCACCCCAUACUUGAUAAGAUUACGUUGGACCCACCUGUUGCCAAUAAUACGUACGCAUCCGAGGACAGUAAUUUCCUGGUUAUUACUGGACCAAAUAUGAGUGGGAAGUCAACUUAUCUUCGUCAGAUAGCCCUCCUGCAGAUCAUGGCUCAGAUUGGCUCAUACGUGCCAAGCCAGUACGGCUCAUUCCGCAUCUGUGACCAGAUCUUCUCCAGGAUCAGUAGUGAUGAUGAGAUAGAGACUAACUCGUCGACAUUCAUGGUUGAGAUGAAAGAGAUCAACUACAUCGUCCAAAAUGCGUCAUCUUUGUCUCUGAUCAUCAUUGACGAGUUGGGCCGUGGGACCAGCCUGGACGAGGGCAUAGGAAUCUGUCACGCCAUCUGUGAAUACCUCCUCAAUCUCAAGGCCUUCACGUUCUUUGCAACACAUUUCAUGGAGCUGACCAACUUGGACAGCCUGUAUCCAAAUGUGGAAAACUAUCACUUUGAAAUCCAGAGGGUGUUCAGCGAGGUUGGCAAUUGUAAUAAGAUCUCCUUCACUCACGUCUUGUCCAAGGGAAAGACACAAGAAAAACAGUACGGUAUUCAGCUAGCCCAAGUCUCAACCCUCCCCAACUCUGUGAUCGAGGACGCCAAAUACAUCUCCCAGCAGCUAGCUGAACAGAAACGGGCCAAUAAACAGGAGGACCAGGAGAGUAGGGCUCACAAGGCCGUGUUUAAACUUGCUACGCGUUUGGUCCAAGCUGCCAGGAACUCACGAUUAGAUGAAGAGACACUUAGAGGUUACCUGGCUGGGCUGAAGUCACAAUAUGUGAAAGACUCAGAAUCUACUGAGGAAUGA